UUCUCUACAUACAUCUACAGCAGCAGCUUAAGCGAUCAAGUUCAUUAUCAACAAAUAGAGAGAGAGAAAAAGAGAGCAAAUCGCAGAGGCAUUGUCAGUGCUAGUUUUGCCGUUGACAUUAAUUGUCAUGGCGGGCAAUCUCAGUGUUUUCCACAUAUUGUGGAUCUUGGCCUUGGUUGGCUCUUCGGUUCAUUGCCAUUUUGGGCCGGAGCUGGUUGCGCGUGUGGCGCCACAAGUAUCGCCAGAUGUCCAGGAGGAAGCAGUUCGCCAGCUUAUGCAACGUGUGCUGGGCGAUCGGGCCUCAAAUCUAUUCGAGGUGGAGGUGAACAAGGCUCUCGAAUUGCGCAGCUAUCAAUUCCGUCAGCUGGAUAAUGGCAAAGUGCUGAUAGUCGGCUGGGAUGGGGUCUCCGUGUGCAAGGGUUUCCAUUACUAUCUGAAGUAUGUGUUGAACAUGGAUCUGGAUUGGUUUAAGACGCACAUCGAGCUGCCCGCGCAACUGCAGCCCAAGAAUGUGACGCACAGCUCAGAGUCGGCCAGUUGGUUUAUUUAUUAUCAAAAUGUUUGCACAUGGAGCUACAGUUUUGUGUGGUGGAAUUUUGGACAGUGGCGCCGACACAUCGAUUGGAUGGCUAUGAUGGGCAUUAAUCUGUCGCUGGCGCCCAAUCAGGAGGCCAUCUGGCAGGAGGUGUACACAGAGACCGGCCUGAAUGCCGAUGAAAUUGAUGCCCAUUUCGCGGGGCCGGCAUUCCAGGCGUGGCAACGCAUGGGCAACAUUCGUGGCUGGGGCGGACCUUUGCCACCGGCACAUCGGCGACUCCAGCAGCUGCUGCAGCAGCGCAUUGUGCAGGCACAACGUGACCUGGGCAUGAGUGUCGCCCUGCCGGCAUUCGCUGGCCAUGUGCCGACGGGGCUGCCACGCAUCUUUCCCACUGCGAAUUUCACAAGCGUCGAGCGCUGGAAUCAAUUUCCCGAUCCCUACUGUUGUGCUCUGUUCAUUGAGCCGAGCGAUCCACUCUUUCAACUGGUGGGCGCACAGUUUCUGCGUCGUGUCAUCCAAAUCUAUGGCAGCAAUCACAUCUACUUCAGCGAUCCCUUCAACGAAAUGCAGCCGCGCAUCGCUGAACCGGGAUACAUAAGUUCCACGGCCAGGGCCAUCUAUAACUCCAUGCGAAUGGUGGACAAAGAUCCGGUGUGGCUGCUACAGGGCUGGAUGUUUCUGGACAAUGCCUACUGGUCGGACGAGCUUAUCGAGGCAUUCCUCACGGCUGUGCCGCGUGGUCGAAUGCUGGUCUUGGAUCUGCAGAGUGAACAGUUUCCGCAAUAUCAGCGAACCUUCUCGUAUUACGGCCAACCGUUUGUGUGGUGCAUGUUGAACAAUUUCGGGGGCACGCUCGGCAUGUUUGGGUCAGCGCAUCUGAUUAACGCUGGCAUUAUGGCGGCACGCUCCAUGCCCAACAGCAGCAUGGUGGGCGUGGGCAUAACACCGGAGGGAAUAGGCCAGAACUAUGCACUCUUCGCACUCACUUUGGAGCAGGGCUGGAGUGGAUCGAAACUGGAGCUAAGCGAUUGGUUCGAUCAGUUCACUUUGACCCGCUAUGGCGUCAAUGAUACGGAUCUAAUCCUCGCCUGGCAACUGCUGCGCGGCAGUGUUUAUCAUUUCCAUGGCUUGCAACGCAUGCGCGGCAAAUAUGCGCUAAACAAACGACCCAGUUUCAACUUGAAGCCAUGGAUCUGGUACAAUGCGUCCAGUGUCGUUGAGGCCUGGCAACUGUUACUGGCGGCCAAUCAAACUAUUCCUGUGGAGGACGACCGAUAUGCCCUCUAUAAGCAUGAUCUUGUGGACAUAACACGCCAAUUCCUUCAACAAAGCUUCGAUCAGGUCUACGUGAAUCUCAAGUCAGCUUAUCGCAAAUCGCAACUGGCUCGAUUUGAAUAUUUGGCUGCUAAGCUGCUGGAACUGUUGGCGGAUAUGGAGCGAAUACUGGCGAGUGGUGAACACUAUCUAUUGGGCAACUGGUUAGAGGCGGCCAAAGAAUUGGCGCCCAGCGCUGAUCAGCGGCACAUCUAUGAGUUCAAUGCACGCAAUCAGCUGACUGCCUGGGGACCCAGCAAUCAAAUACUGGAUUAUGCAACGAAACAAUGGUCCGGCCUGAUGCAGGAUUAUUAUACGCCACGUUGGAGCAUGUUCCUCGACGCCGUCACACUGGCCAUGCACUCCAAGAGGCCAUUCAAUGCCACCGCCUUCAGGCAGCGUGUUGCCAACGAGAUUGAGCUGCCCUUCAGCAACCUGACCAAGGUGUAUCCCACAGAGCCCGUGGGCAGCACUUGGCUCAUCUCACAGGAAAUCCACGACAAGUGGCAAUCGUAUGCGAAAGACACACAAUUUCUACACCAUUGUCGAGUUGCGGUCAAGUUGCUCGAGGGCAACAGCUCAAUUGCUUAACAAUGCCACUCAUCCAACACAAUAAAUGAACACAUAUAAAUAGAUAUUAAUAUAAAUUAUACAUUUGUCGAAGAGGUUUUUCGUUUUUUAGCAGAGACCAGAAAUGAUUUGUGUGAAUUCUUGGAAUAUUUAUCAUACAAAAUAAAUUAGAAACAUUA